AGCCAUGAGAUCGGAACAAAAUAAUAAAGAUUGGACUAAACAGCAGACUAUCAGCUGCAUUGUCCUUUGUGUAAAUUCUGCCGUUUAAUUAUUUAGGGUGACAGCGCAGCAACAAUAUUUAUCUCAUUAUUAGUUGUUCUAUUCUUUAGUAAUUUGACCUUGACGCUGUGUGCAGUGGUUAUUUGAAGGGGGAUCAGAGAGCGCAGGCGACCAUUUUCCGUGUGCAUGGCAGUCUGAGCGGCCGCACGAUGAGCGGACAGCCGGACGCGCUGACCGUGGUGAACCAGCUGCGCGACCUAGCCGCCGAUCCCCUCAACAGGCGACCCAUUGUCCAGGAUCAAGGCUGCCUGCCAGGCCUGAUCCUCUUUCUGGACCACCCCAACCCACAGGUGGUCUACUCUGCACUUUUGGCCCUGCGGUACCUGGCAGAAUGCCGUGCCAACAGAGAGAAGAUGAAGGGCGAGCUGGGGAUGAUGCUGAGUCUGCAGAAUGUCAUGCAGAAGUCGACGACUCCCGGCGAGACGAAGCUCCUCGCCUCGGAGAUCUACGAGAUCCUCCAGGCCUGCGGCGAGGCCGAGGCCGAGCCGGUGGACGGGGCCGCCUCCUACCGCCGCAAGGCCCAGUUCUUCCUGGGGGCCACCAACAAGCGCGCCAAAACCGUGGUGCUCCACAUCGACGGGCUGGACGACCCCACUCGGAGGAGCCUCUGUGAAGAAGCUCUGCUGAAGAUCAGAGGUGUCAUCAGCUUCACCUUCCAGAUGGCCGUCAAGAGGUGUGUCGUCAGGGUCCGGUCGGACCUGAAGGCAGAGGCACUGGGCACUGCCAUCGCCUCCACCAAAGUCAUGAAGGCUAAGCAAGUGGUAAAGGGGGAUGAAGGUGGUGAGGUGAUGGUGGCGUUCCAGGAGGACGUGCUGGUGGUGGUGGAGGAGAACACAGACCUCCCAGACUACCUGCCGGAGGAGGAGAGUCCCUCCAGGGGGCUGGACAAGGCCGUGUCGCGUGUGGGCUCCAUGCAGGACGGCUCGGGCUGGCUCAGCGCUGCCGCUAACUUCCUGUCCCGCUCCUUCUACUGGUGACAGGCUGGCCGCCGGGGCUUCUGGGUAAACUGUACGUGCCGCGCCCAGGUCACCGCAGCGCCGGACUGCCAUUUCGCAAUAAUCUCAACGAGCAAACGCAACAGCCAGCUGCGCACAUCCGCAACGUUCGCAUGCCCCGCUACCCGUGUCCAUUCCGCACAGACGCCGAACCGCCGGGAGAGGAGCGCCAGAACCGGAUCAGAACCGGGUCCUCACUGGAGAAGGAGCUUCAUCCAGUUUAAUUCUAUGUGGGUUGUAAAUCUCUGGUUCUUCACUGGUCCGUCUCUGAAAUCCCAGUGUUGUGAUGGAGGCUGUAGUGCGGGGUUUCACUGGAGCCGAGAGCGAUGAGCUCUACCCCUGAUGAAACGGGUCGCUGAUGGAAGGUUUUUUAUUUUUUAUUUUUGCAUGAGUUUGGUAGCUCUUAUGUUGUGUCAGUUGAAUUUUAACCUAAUUAAUUUGUCUCAUAAUCUCCAGAUUCAUAUUUCUUUUGUCUUUUCUUUUCGAAGCAUGUUUCGCUGGCGUUUUCCGUUUGAAUGAUGUGUUUAUAUUCCCCGACUCAAGCUCUGCCCCUCCGGUCAGGCCCGUGCUCUUCUCCAAAGACGCCAGCUGCAUUAUCAGCGGUACAGAUUGUAAUUACUGCAGCGGCUCUUUGCUUCUUAACGCCUAACCCCUGCAUGUGUAGAAAUUAAAU